AUGUUGUUGAGCAGACAACGAAAGGGUCUCGAGCUUCUUUCCCGCGCUUCGUCCUCGCAAACCAUCCUGCAACGCGUCGCUGCUCCUCGAUCCUUGCACACAUCCUCACCAGCCAUGUUCGCUCUCACUCCUUGGCGCGGCACGCCAGGCACACAGCCAAAAACUUUCAGUCAGCAGAGGAAUCUUCCCCGUCUGCCUGUACCCACUCUCGAGCAGACCUUCGACAAGUACCUCAAGUCGCUCUCGCCUUUCCUUCACCAGCUCGAAGAGCAGGGCAAGCUCGAGGGCAGCACAGCCGAAAAGGAGAUCGCGAAACGCAAGCAGUGGGUGCAGGACUUCCUCGCAAAGGGCGCUCUCGGUCCAAAACUCCAGCAAAGGUUGGUCGACGUCGACCGCACCACCGAUAACAACUGGCUCGAUGACCGAUGGUGGCUUCAGAAGGCCUACCACGAGUGGCGCGUGCCCCUCAUGAUCAACAGCAACUGGUGGCUCAUGUUCACCCACGACCAGAACAUGCCCACCGAGACUGGCCAGCACAAAGGUCACGACGCUUACCCCAUCACUGGUCUCGGCUCCCAGAACUGGAACGACGCUGCCUGGGGCAUUCGACGUGCCGCUUGGCUCGCAUCGCGCUUCCUGCAGUUCAAGGUUCGACUGGACAACGAGGACAUCAUGCCUGACUCUUCCCGUGCCGGUCCGUUCUGCAUGCACCAGUACACUCGACUGUUCGGCAUCACACGCAUCCCUGCGCUUCCCCACGACUGGAACACUGCGACACCACACCCGGCCACCGCACGACACAUCACCGUGAUUGUGCGCGACAACUACUACGAGCUCGAGGUCAUGCGAAAGGACGGCACCUUGCUCGGCGUUGAUUCGAUCGAGAAGGCCUUCUGGGACAUUGUCGCUGACGCACAGAAGGGCGAUGGUGCUGGCGUCGGUGUGCUCAGCUCCGACAACCGCGACACGUGGACCAAGACCCGCGAGCACCUCCUCAGCGUGUCACCCGUCAAUCGCAAGAGCAUCAACUCGGUCGAAGACAGUCUCCUCUGCGUUUCGCUCGACUCCAGCGUCUUGGCUCUCUCGGCGGAUCACCCUGCGGUUGCUCACGCGUGCACCCCGCAAUGGGUCGAUGCGCUGGCACGCAACGUCAGCGGUGCUGGACGAGGCGGACACAAUCGAUGGUUCGACAAGGCGCUCACCAUCGUUGUGGAGCCCAACGGACGUGCAGGUAUCAUGGGCGAGCACUCGCCCUGUGACGCGCUCAUUCCCAGUAUCCUCUGCGACUAUGCCGCUGCCGAGCCAUGCCCUCCUCCUGGGUCUAGCGUGCCCGCCGAGGUGAGCUCGCCCAACGAGUCGGCCGGCUGGAAGAAGCUCGAGUGGGCCAUUGACGACUCGACCAAGCAGUCGAUCCAGCAGUCCGAGGCAGCCGCUCUGCAGGCGGCUCAGGAGUCGGACAUCCGCACGCUCUGGUACGACGAGUAUGGAGCUGAUUGGAUCAAGAAGGUGGGCAAGCACAGUCCCGAUGCGUACCUGCAGAUGGCGCUUCAGCUGGCCUAUGCCAAGUCGCACGGUUACCAGGUGUCGACCUACGAGACGGCUUCAACUCGACUCUUCAAGCACGGUCGCACGGAUGUGAUCCGCUCGUUCAGCGACGAGGCGUACCAAUUCGUCCGCGGUGUGCGCGAAGGCAAGGACGCCAAGACGCUCUACGCCCUGCUCACUGCCGCCACCAAAUCGCACAACACCCAGACCCGCGAGAGCUCGACCGGCAAGGGUAUCGACCGCCACAUGACCGGUCUCCGCCUCCUUCUUCGCGCAGAAGACGGUGAGACACCCGCCAUCUUCAGCGACCCACUCUUUGGCGAAUCCCAGUCGUGGCGUCUCAGCACGAGCGGUCUCAGCGCUGGCGACCGCUUCGCAGGCACAGGCUUCGGUACUGGCUAUCCCACCGAGUCGUACGGCAUCAACUAUCUCGCCGGCGCCCAAUUGCUCAAGUUCGGCAUCGAGUCCAAGAACGGCGCUACGACCGGAUUCGCAAAGUCGCUGGUAGAGGCGCUGCGUGACAUGCGCAAGAUCUGCGAGCAAGGUGGACCCCCGCCUGGCGCUACGGAGGCUCCCAAGCUUUGA